UUGAGGCCCGGAUUCUGAAACGCUCCUUUCCUAACUAAGGAUGCCUCACACGCUGUGAGGCGACCUGGCGUCAAUUCUGGAACGUACCUUACUAAGGGGCACUAAGUUAGGGCCUCCUUGGUGCUUCCCCGCGCUUAGGGAGCCGGCAUGCUACCUUCAUGCGUCCUAACCGCGCUCCUCUACCUGAACGUAUGCUUCUCCGCAUGACUUUGCACGCGGUACGCUCGGCUAGGGUAGGUGCCGUGCGCAGCCAAGGCCGCGGUAGCCAGCCGCCGUGUACUGACGCCCAGUUUGGUUACGCGGACCGCGUUUUGUGCCAUAUCUUUUUUGAACUGUGAUCUUGUGGAAAGCGAGCGGCGAGAAUGACGGCCUUGCAAGACGAUAGCUUCGAAAGCUAUGCACGGUUUCUUCGACGAGCAAAUGAACUCCGUUACGGGACUGUGUACAAGCCUCCACCUUUGACUCUAGCCCGGCGCCUGACUGACAGGCAGAAUCCACUGGAAUACUACGACGAAGGGGACUUUCUAGCCCGGUAUCGUUUUUCCAAGCGAGCUGUUACAGCCAUACUGGCAGAGCUGCAACUGCAUUGUAACACUGACAACAGAGGAGCGCCGCUACCUGCUCUCUUGAAGGUCCUCAUUGCACUGCGUUUUUACGGAACGGGUUCCAUGCAAACUGUUGUAGGAGACCUUGUGUGUGUAUCCCAACCCUCUGUGUGCCGGUGUAUUUGGGAGGUGACACAGCUGAUAUGCCGACGUCUGUAUCCCAAGUACGUUCGGCUGCCAAACGCCAGUGAAGCGAGGUUAGUCAUGACAAGGUUCUAUUCAAUCGGAGGAUUCCCUGGGGUUACUGGGUGCAUCGAUUGUACUCAUAUACCCAUUAAAAGUCCCGGUGGAGACGACGCAGAAGUCUUCCGAAACAGGAAAGGAGUAUUCUCCAUAAAUGUGCAGGUGGUCUCAGGGCCCGAGCUUCAGUUUUUCGACGUCGUGGCAAGCUGGCCUGGCUCUGUCCACGAUAGUCGAAUUUUUACUAACAGCAGAGUAAGUGUCAUGUAUGAGCAGAAGGCAGUAACUGGCAUCCUCCUUGGCGAUCAAGGUUACGCAUGUUCGCCCUAUUUGAUGACCCCACUGAGGAACCCUCAAACAACUGCAGAGAAAAGGUACAACAGGAGUCACAUUAGAACGAGGAAUUCCAUUGAGCGAGCUUUUGGACUCUGGAAGAGACGUUUUGCAUGCCUCAGGACAAAGCUGGAAACGCUGACAGAGCGGACGGUUGCAAUUAUCACCGCAUGUGCAGCACUGCAUAACAUUGCUUGCACUUUGCGGGAACCCAACCCUAAUGUUGACGAGCCGGAGCCUGAAGGUGAAGGUGUGGCAUUGUGUGAACCUGACUCACCUCUGGGUACCCAACAUCGAAGGCACCUUAUCCAGCGUUGCUUCACAAGUGCCCAAAGUGAAGAUGACAGCGAUAUGGACACGGUGUAGAGCACGAAGGCGAGCCUCCAGCUCCGUCGAUAAUGCUGUGUCGACAGCAGCAAGACGACCACUUUGGCGACGGCGAACAACUGGCUCAGCUCCUGAGCCUUGGUCCAUGAAAGCAUCUUCUCUGUUUUGGCUGCCCGAUGGCCUUGAGGUUGCUGUUUCUGCAGGCAGCCCACCACUGCUGAGAGGAGGUGCUGGCGAGCACUGCUGUGAUGUAGCCUCGGCAAACCCACCUGCCUGGCUAAGGUUACUAUUCAUCCCGAACUCUGCAAGUAACAGUGUUCAUAAAAGUUUCACAGUGCUUUAAAAAGAACAAAUAAACGGUUCACCACAAAACAAA